UAUUGUACUCCUUGAAAUCAUGACUGGCCAGAAAAGCAAAGCAUUCAAGGAUCAUGGUGAUGCUGAAGAUGAAUUCCUCCUACCAAAAGUUUGGAAACUAUAUGAGAGAGGCAUGCACUUAGAGUUGGUAGAUCAGGCCUUGGACCUUACUGACUCGGAAGCAGAAAAAGUGAAGAAAGUCAUAGAGAUUGGUUUGCUUUGCACCCAAGCUUUUGCUGAUUUAAGGCCAACAAUGUCUGAAGUGAUUGAUUUGCUCCAAAACAAUGGCUUAUCGCAUAUGAGACCCUCUAUGCCCGUCUUAAUUAUAACUAGUUAGGGGUCAAUGGAAGACACCUUUUUACCUUUACUAUUUCCUGCCCAUCAUCAAAUGUUAUUGUGCUCACUUGUAUAGUACCAGAAAGAUUGUUGGAAUGUAUCUAAAAUAAAGAGAUGUAUUUUUAAAUUUACAAAUUAAUAAAUUUAUAUGAAAAAUUGUGUAGGGAAUUAGAAUGCUAAAAGUCAC